AUGAGUUCUAAACUAUCCAAAGGAGCUUCCAAUAGGCUUCUUAAUUUAUUAUAUACAACUACGUCGACAGAAAUAGCGACUAAGGUGCCGAUAGUAAGCAAAUAUUUAUACCAGCAGGAUGAGACAUUGACAAAUGAGAAGCCAAAUGAGAAGGCCAAAGGAUCAAUAUUAGACGGAUUAAUGGAGAAUGAAUGGAAACAGAAACCGUUGGAGACGGCGGUGGAGGAUUUGCCCAAAACCAAUGCAGCACGAAGGAAAUCAAAUAUCUUGAAAUUCAACUGCCAGAAUUCGUUUAUCAGUUAUAAUGAUUUCUACAAUAUAUACCCGAUUAAUCGAGAACGGAAGUACUACUUAUCGGACGAACUCCGGAAGGGAAUACAGUUUAAGGUAGUGAAGGCUCGAAAUCCGAUAAACCUUUUGCCCACCGGUGCCUACUACCUUAUAUUUCCCAAUUAUAAGCAUGCAUGUGUGUAUUGGUUGGAGACGAUAGACAAGCAGAUUAAUGGGUUCGAUUUGAACUUUGAAUUUGUUGGGGCAACGGCAAAUGAAUUGAAAUACAUGUCGUCACCGCUAUUGGAUAGUUCGAUAAAUGAGUUGUUGCAUAACCAUAAAAUACGAAUAGAGAAAACUAUUGGAAACACUCCAAUACAGAAUAUCUUUCAGCAUUCACCCUAUAAGUCUUCCAUAAUAACGCAAAUCAUGAAUUUGGAGAAAAAGAAGAUUGAAAAUUACGAGUAUCUUGACCUGGAUCCUUUGUACGGCCCAAUAAUCGAUUUAAUUGACACCAAUAGCCGUGUUGCCCUGGUUUUAGUACGAAAUUUACCGUUUGGGUUAUCGAAACAUGCAUUACCGAAGUUAUUGUGGGAUUACGAACUAGCACCGUUAGCAAAAUUCUCAAAUUGUUUUACUACAAUUGUGAAUGAUCCUAUAAACCAAGUGCAUUUGAAUCUAAUUAGAUUCGCUAAUAAGGACAAUGCUCAGAGAUUUGUUCGAAAUUUCCAUGGCAGAAAGUGGGAAAGUGUUCAAUCUGAAAAAGAGAAGAAAUUCUACGAACCUAUACUAUGCGAAAUCGUUGAUUAA